AUGCACCGCUUCUCACGCUCGAGAGGAGAAUCUCAGGAGCCUGAACGCAACGAAGCACCCGUUCCCUCGACACGCAGUCUGUCCCUUCUCUUUCCGCCUAGAGAGUCGUACGACCGCGUCAACAAGAACACAAAAACUCCUACAACCACGCCAAUCGAGCCUCUAUACGACCAGAACACGACCACCACAUUUCCGCUCUCGCCGGACGAGGAGCCUAGAAUAAUAAUCGCCCAAGAUGACACCGGUGUCUCAAUAGACCGCCUACUGUUCGACUCUCAUUGGGCCCACAAGACCAGCAGAGACAGAUCCGAUGACUCGAACAGUCCGUCAAAGGCUUUUUUCUGCAGGCCGUCUUCUUCAGCAGGUCCUCAGUCUCCAACUAGCAGUAGCUUUCUACGCACGCAGCCCUCUCGUGGACACAGAUCUACCAUUUCUGUCGUCCCAGAUCGCAAUGGCUCUCCUCCAACCCGCCCGUCUAUGCCUCGACUCGAUUCAACAUUCGUUCCCUCGACUCAGUUUCGCCGUACUCCUACCACUUCCUCACUUGCCGAUGCCCGCAAAGACAUAAACCUCCCUGUGGAGAAUACUGCCGAAGAAAUGGACUCAUGGUUGGAUUGCAUGUUUGGCAAAGCCCCGAUGAGAUACAAAGGCCCCGUCACAAAACUCCAUCAUUUUCAACGUCAGCCGCCAGACGACAAACAAGACCUUCGCCCAAGGUCGUCACCACGUCCUGGCUUCGGAUCAUGCCCGGCAAAGGAGAGCUCUCCCCUUAAGCCUAGCUCUCGUAGUUCGGCGAAUCAAAGAAAAGAUGCUUUGCUCAUCUGCACCACGUUCUGUGUCAACAUACACGACGAAGAUCUUCCCGAACAAGUGCAACAAACGACAUCCACGAAUGCAGCACGGCAAUCAUGUACGCGAAAGAAGCGCUUCAGCACUCCAAUGUUCGGCGUAGCCAUUCUCCUGCCUCUGGCCAAGAGCAGCGCGUCGCAGAGUCAGCUUCCAGACCAGGCCGACCCUGUGCAGACCGUUCUCGAUGAUUGGCAUAUAUACGCUAGAGCCCUGGACGCUCUGAGAACUACUGCUCUGAUACAAGUCCAGCAAAAGCUUCGUGUGAAGGCUGAGGCACUUGCACGCUCUAAGGCUGCUGUUUCGCCGACCGUCCCUCGUCUGGUCAAGCUCGAACCGAGCGCCUUCGAGCAUGCGCCUCAGAUCGUUGAAGUCUCCUGUGCGGCAGUAGAUCGUAUAUCGCGCAGCUAUCAAGUGUUACAGGCUGGACCGCAACGUGACUGGAGUAUCUGGCGAGACGAGUUGCGUGAUUACACACGCGUCUCACAAGACGCUGACUCCAAGAGAGGUUUUUUCAAUUUGCACAAGAUCAACUUCAUGCAAGCCGCCUUGACAGCAGCUCUGAGUGCGGAUCUAGGUUGGCUCAACAUCUUUGCUCCUCCACAACACCAGGCUCGUCUGCGCGAAGAACGCCAGAAGACCCAGAUGACUUUCGACAGGGCCCAGAAUCGCACUGUGAUUGUGAGCAUGGACCAGAAUAAGGCUCGGAAUCUCAUCUUCAUAUUUGCAAAGCUGUUUCCUUGCCCGGCAUCGGAGACACAAUUCAACAGCAUGAGGCGAUCUUCUUCGAGCAGCCUGACAUCAACCAACAAUCAAGUUUCCGCACUCACACAAGGCUUGAAACGUGCUGAGCAUGGUCCGAAUCAAAGCUUGACAAUUGACAGUGCCAAGGCACAGGCAAACGGACAUACACUGAAGGAGGCCCCCCUCACUCCGACUAUUUUCGAGCCGAUUCUCCAUGCUUCUCCUGGCACUUCGCCAGCCAAGACACUAGCUAUUCACAACUCAGCACCAUCAACUCGUAAGUCGAGCAUCGUCAAUACUUCGGGUAAGAUCGAUAUAUUGGGCAAAGGUACUAUGGCCGUGCCGAUCAGUGCACCAACAUCAAGCCGGAACACGCCAUCAGGCUCCCCAGAAACACGUCCUAGUAGCAGCUUGAAUGUUCAAGGAGACCUGAUGCGACAUCUACAACGCGCAGGCAGUACGACCACAAGCAACGGCAGUACCGAUAACACGAGUCUGUGGAACAGUUUCCGAAGCAGCACUUGGAGUCUCAGGCCUCGUCGCGAGUCUUCGCUGACUGAGAGAAGCGAUAGUUUUGCCAGCAGUGGGCAGCGCGAGCAACCUGCAAGUAUUCUCAAGACUAGCAAAAGCUUUGCUGCUCGUCAGAAUUCCAAUAAGCUAGUGCGUAUGGUCGAAGAAGUGCAUGAUCCAGAGGAGUUCUACCAGAGCAAUAGCCAGCCAAGGAGGAAGAAGAACCCAUCACGUGUGUCUCCGAUUACCAUGGCUCACAAGACCUCGGCCUUGCAAUUCGAUCCACCGGCCUCUGACUAUGCUGGCAUCGCCUACACCUACAACCAGGAUGAGGGCGUUGUCGAUGUCGACUUCCCUGGAUGUACACCUAUCGCCAGUGCGACUCGCAACAUUUCUCCCAAGAUGUCUAGGUUCAAAGUUCCCAGCGGCAGAGCCCAAUUUCCUCUGCACAAACCCGUCGCAUGUGAUGGCAGUGAGGAAAAGAAGAUUCAUGGUCCUCAAGGAUUCGCUCGCUAUGACAGAAUCGCUGGAUAUCUUGGCAAGUUCCACCCUGAUUACGCUUUACAAGCUACUAGACCCUACGCGGAGCUUGUCAAUGAGGUCAAAUGCGCGAUGAGAGCUGAGCCAUCACCUAUGGUUGAACCAUCAGAGAACCUCAGAGUCUUUAGCCAAGAGACAUGGAUCGAUAUUUGCUCGACGGUCAUUAUGGAUGCCGAGGCUAUGACGGUGAGGAAGUUGACCCUCCGCAGACGGGUCCGGUACAAGUUGAUUGUACCUGAUGAUUCUCCAAAUCUGCCAAGGCAUGUUGGCACAGCCAAUGGACGAAAGCAGUCAACGUGCUCUUCCAAUGGCAGUGGAUCGGACCAGGACAGCCAGAUCAAGGUGAUCAAGUCAGACGAUAUGGAUUCGAUCCAACGCACAUACAAGCGCAAUGACAACGGACAAAAGACUGGUUUUCGUGACAAGCGAAUUCUCAAGACCGAUCUCCCAAAUGAAGGCUCGCCAGAGGGCGAAUUGAAUCACCACGUUGCGGGCCGGCAUUCAAUUGAAGCUCUUGGAAAUGUCGUGACGAAGGCUGCGGAUGGUAUGGAGACUCGUUCAUACAGCUCUCAAUCUUCGCGCACUAAUGGAGAUCGAGUGGACUCGCCUAUGAUGGUCAAAGAUCAAUCUCCACUUCUUGAUCAACGCCCCAAUACCGCCAUUGUCGUUGGCGAAGACCUGUCUGAAUUCAUCGACCACCGGAAGACUAAAAGCUUCCCUGCUAAAGAAGCAUCCGCCAUGAUUGUGGCCACAAAGAGAGUGCCAAUCCACAACAAGGAGGGCAAAAUCAGUGGCUGGAAAGAAGUUUGCAUCAACAAGCCUGACGAAGCUGGAUUGAAUGACUUGCCGACCAGUUUCGUCGAGAAACGAAGCGAUAAAGCGGCAGCAGUAGUAGAAUGCCAUACGCUGGCCGAGAAGUUUGACGAGGAAACAAUCAGUAAGCCCGAUUCUGCAGUCGUCACUCUACUGCAACAGAUGCUCGCCACCAGCGAAACACGUUCUCGCGCACACUCGCGUGCCAACUCUGUGCACAGCCGUGCACCUAGUCGCUCCAAUUCUAUCAGCGGAUCAGGACUUUCUGAGCUCCAGUAUGAGAGCAAGAAGAUCAUCGAGGACGCCCUCGAAGGUCUUGUCAGUGCUGUUGCAUCUGACAAGUACACAUCAAACAAUAAUAACUCUGGGGGGCUGUUUAGCUUUGCCAGGAGUACAGCUUCGACACCUGAACCCUCAAUCCUUCGACAAAGCAUCUCCAAGUGGAUGUAUGGAGAUGCUUGA